AGAAGCUCACGCUCCAGAUUAAGGCCAUGGAGAUCCCGCUGCGUCUCCAGCAUGCAUACAGUGCUGGUAUGGCCGGGUAUACGGAUCCUUCACUGGAUCUCAGUUUGCUGUACAAUCGCGCUACCAAUUAUUUCGAUGUCGUCAGCUGCACCCUUAUGAUAUACGACUUCAUGCUGACCUUCAGUAGAGAAAUUGAUCUGGUAUGGCGUUCACGUUGGUCCGCAAUCAAAGUGCUCUUCCUCGUCACGCGUUAUACUACAUUCGUCGAGCUCGCGGUCGUGAUCUGGCCGCUCAUCACCACUGAUAUAAGCCCGAAUGGCUGCUACAUCAACUACCAGUGGACGGGCUGGACGAACAUAACAGGUAUUCUGCUUGCGGAAGUCAUCCUUAUGCUCCGUACAUGGGCGGUAUACGAACGACGGCGCUCAGUCGGUAUCGGUCUGGGGGUUUGGACCGUCGCCACUUGGGUGCCAAAUUUAGCCACUGUCGGUAUAUUCCUACAGUCUCUACAAUUUGGGCCAAUUCCUGGAGUGCAAAACUCUCCUGGAAUAGGUUGUCAUGUGACGGCCGGCAGCUCCAUCCUCUUCAUUAGCUGGUUGCUGAUCAUGGUUUCUGAAGCUCCGAUUAUGUUCCUCAUGGCGUUCAUGGCAUUCAGGAACUAUCGACACACCAGAGACUCCGCAGUUUUCAGGACCGUAUUCAGAGACGGCACUAUAUUUUAUUUAUAUCUUUUCAUUUUAUCAAUCGCAAACGUGAUAGUCAUCUUCACCACACCCGCCGGUCUCAUCAAUUUGUUCGCGAUACCGGAGCGCAUGUUUCAUUCGAUCCUCACUACGCGGAUUAUUCUCGACCUGCGCGAGCUUGGCUCUAGGAAACACCUUGGCUGGAGCACAUUUUCUGCCGGCAUGCCCGCGAGUGCCGUAGAAAUCGAGUUCGCGCACACCGUCGUAGACAGCGUUGCCGCUACGCACCACAUGUUCGCUGGGGGUAGUUCCGACGCGACUACAGGAAACGACAACUCUGAUGGUAGCGUAUGAAGCAGAGUACUCGACCCUUGAUCUGACCAGCUUUUAACUUCCUCCGUGAAAAUCGAGCCCGCUUGUACGCGUGUUUGUGUUGAAUGGUAUUCGCAUUGCGCUCUAUCUAUUAUUCAUGUAUAUUUCGCUGUGUUGUAUAUGGGUACCAGGCAGAUUCUUCGUAGCCAGGGUUCAUACGCCGGACAAGAAGGUUAUACAAAUAC